AUGCUUACCUGUGGAGAAAAAGAAAUUGCAGGGAACCUCACCUUCCUUCAGGGGUUGUGGCUCUCUAACAACACUUUUCAGGGUGAAAUCCCUGUUGAACUCGGCAACCUGUUCAGGUUGCAAAUUUUGAACCUGAGCAACAACAACUUUGAAGGAGAAAUUCCAGCUAGCUUAUCCCGCUGCUCCAACCUCACAUACCUUGGUGUUGGUACAAAUAAACUAGUGGGGAAAUGCCCCAAAGAGCUUACUUCCAUGCCAAAGCUCACAAACCUUGCCUUUUACAAGAACAAUUUGACGGGAGGCAUUUCUCCAUUCAUUGGGAAUCUUACUUUUCCGAAAAGCUUUUCUGCUCUAGAAAUUCUUUUGGAGGAAUAUUGGCUAUGGGGUUUAACCAAUUUAGAGGGGUUACCAGAAUCUGUUGGCAACCUGUCAAAGAAUCUGAUUUUCUUUUCACUUUGUAGAAAUCAAAUAUAUGGAACUAUUCCUUCAACAAUAGGUAACCUUGUCAACUUGGAUGUGUUAAGUAUGGCAGAUAACCAAUUCACAGGUACAAUUCCAACUAACAUAGGAAAUCUUCCAAAGAUGCAAUUGGUUUCUUUGGAGAUGAACCACCUCUCAGGGAAAAUUCCAUAUCCCAUCAGAAACCUAUCAUUGUUGAUUGAACUUUACUUGGGGGACAACAGACUAGAGGGGACCAUACCCUCAGGGCUUGCUAACUGUAAAAAGUUGUUGUUACUGCACCUUUACCAAAACAACUUGAGCGGAAACAUUCCCAAAGAACCCUUGAAAGUCUCAUCUUUGUCAAUUUCAUUAAAUCUAGCUUGGAAUCGUUUGUCUGGUUCUUUGCCAACAGAGGUUGGAAACCUUAAAAAUUUAAUGGAAUUGGAUAUCUCUGAGAAUAGGUUGUCUGGUGAAAUUCCUAGCAGUCUCGGUAGUUGCACUAGCCUUGAAAACCUUUACAUGCAGGAAAAUUCUUUUCCAGGAUCCAUUCCUCUAUCAUUCGAAUCUUUGAGAGGUAUUCAAAACUUUGAUCUUUCUCAUAACAACUUGUCUGGAAAAAUUCCAACUUUCUUAGAGAAAUUUUCCCUAAUGAUUCUCAAUUUAUCCUUUAAUGAUUUUGAGGGCGAGUUACCAAUGGAGGGAGUUUUUGCAAAUGCAAGUGCAAUGUCAAUUGUUGGAAAUCGUAGGCUUUGUGGGGGUUUCUGA